AUGGAGAAUCCAUUUCAAAGCACAGACUUCACUACCUUGAAAGAAGCGUUUCCAACAGUCGAUGUUUCCAUCAUCAAUGAUGUCUUGUAUUCGGCUCAAGGAGAUUUAAACAGUGCAUUUGAUAUGCUGUUGGACAUGAACUCUCCCUCCAUCCAUGACAGUAGAGCCAAGCCUUUGCCGCAGGUACCACCACUUCCUGUAAGAAGAAGCAGCAGCAGCAUCAACUCUAUACCCUACUCUUGCAACACAUCCAAUGCGAACAAUCAAUCUCAGGCAAGCAGAAUUAGUCAAACAAAUCCAUUUCUAGUGCCUGGUGUUGCCAAGCCUUUAACUGUUCGGGAGGAACUGGCUCAGUGGCGCCAAGAUCUUCGAGAGGAAAGUAGACAGAGAGCUACAGCAGCAAUGGCAUCCACUUCAGCAUCUGCUCCAAAUCUAUCAUUUUCAAACAUGUUCAAAUCAAAUUUAAGCAGGGCUUCUUUGAAUCAUGAUCGUAACAACACUAACCACAGAUCAAGUCAUACCCAAGCACAUGCAAGCUAUCAACGUCCGUUACCACCUAAACCUUUGGGCAGCUUAUCUGGGAUUCGAUCUUCGGCUAGUACACCCAAUGUCAACUAUCAGUCGCAUAAUCGAAGCAAUAGCCAUCCAAAUGGUACAUUAACUCCCUUGGGCCGAUUACCUGACCAUCAUUCUACAGUCAAUGUCUCUUAUCGACCAGAGUUACCGAGAAGAAGACAGAGUAAUACAGGUACCACAAACCCUUUCCAUUCAGAUCCUGUGCCACCAUCAGCUACACAGCAACAGCCACAGCACCAGCAACCACAGCGACAUAGUUACCUGCCCAACAACUCAAAUCAAAGAUCUGCUUCAGAAAACGAUAUACCUUCUUUCAAUCCAUUCGAGGAGCCAGAGUUACCUCCUCCUGCUUACAGCGAAAUUCAACGAGAUACCAUUGUCAACCUGACAUGA